AUGGGUCGUCGUAAAGCUGUUGAGACCCUCCUUAAAUAUGGAGCAGAUAUAAACGAAUAUUCCGUCGUUGGGCGAACCCAAACUGCCUUGCAAGCAGCUUGCUUCAAUGGAGAUAUCGGCAUCAUAUCAAUUUUGAUUGACGCCCGCGCCAGGAUCGACGACCCUGCUCGCGGCUAUGGGGGCAGAACGGCACUACAAUCUGCGGCCUGCAGUGGGAAUACGGCGACCGUGACUUUCUUGCUGGAAAUGGGUGCGGACGUCAACGCUCCCUGUGCUCAGACAGGUGGCCUCUCGGCUUUGCAAGCAGCUUUUCUCAGGAAAGAAGAGGAGCUGGUAGAACUCCUGCUACGGUGGGGCGCGAACGUCAAUGGGAACAUCUCCAGGGAAGAUGGACGAAACGCAAUAGUGGCAGCCGUCGAAGCAGAUUCAGACUCGAUAUUCUGGCGUUUGAUCGCAGCAGACCCGAACGGGCCUCCUGCUUCAGCUUGCGGGAAUACGGCUCUUCAAUUUGCAAUCAAGAGUGGAAAUCUUGACAUUGUCAAGUUGCUCCUACGACAUGGAGCAGACGUCAAUGCGCCUGCCAGUGUUUACCGGGGGCGCACAGCUUUACAAGCGGCAAGUCAAGCUGGGAAUUUACAAGUCGUGGAAUUACUGCUAGAUCAUGGUGCGAUUGUCAACACCGCGGCCGGCAAGCUGCCGCUAUUCAGGGCUAUAUGCGAAUUGCGCAGCUGCUUCUUGCGGCUGGAGCGGAUGUCGGUCCCCCCGAAACAGAACUUGGGGGCAGAACAGCGAUCAAUGGGGCGGCUGAAAUGGGCCGGUUGGACAUGGUCAAGCUAUUGCUCGAUCAUUAUCAGCUCAAGGAUGGUGAAUCGCUCUCGGGUAUCUGCGAGAAGGCCGCCGGGUACGCCAGGGAUGAGGGUCAUUGGGCUGUUGUGA